CAUGUGACAUGAGGUCACCGUGUCAUGUGACUUGCAGGCUAAAAUUAUCCAGCUGAUCAGAUUUCAGCUGAAGAGAAGCAGCAGCAUGGAGGCCUGAAACACGAGGGGGAAGUGGCUGGAGGUCAGAGGUCAUCCUACCUGUGUGCUGUAACAUCACGCGGCUCACAGGAAGUGGUCAUCAUGGUGGCCGUGGUGAGCUCCAUCAAAGCUCUGUGGGAGACGAGGAUCAGGAGGGUCCAGGAUGACGAAGACGAGCAAAGGAGGAAGAAGACCAGGGGCGGGGCCACCGGCAGACUGAGUGUUCGGGUUUGGGAGGACCGGGCGAUUCUGGCUCGGCUGCAAGAGAAGCUGCAGACAGAAGAUGGACGGCUCAUCCUCCGAAUUGAACAGGAGGAGUGGAAGACGUUGCCGGCCUGUCUGGUCCAGCUCAGUCAGGUCCAUGAGUGGCACCUUCACCGGACCGGACUGCAGAAUAUCCCUCACUUCAUCACCAGCUUCCAGAACCUUUUGAUUUUAGAUCUGUCCCGCAACGGGGUCACAGAGAUCCCCAAACAGAUCGGGACGCUGACUCAGCUCAGAGAGCUCCUGCUGAGCUACAACAAAAUCCAGUUUGUUCCUCAAGAAUUGACCAACUGUGAGAGUCUUGAGAGACUGGAGCUAGCCAUGAACCGGGACCUGAGCCAGCUACCAGAUCAGUUGAGGAACCUGAAGAAGCUGCAGCACCUGGACUUGUCCAUGAACGACUUCACCUGCAUACCGGACUGCGUGGUCGGGCUGCCGGCAAUCCAGUGGCUCGACAUGGGAGGAAACCGACUGAAGCACUUACCUGAAAACAUACACAGGAUGGAGAUGCUGCACACUCUGUGGCUGCAGAGAAACCAACUGGAGACACUUCCAGAUAACAUCAGCAGGAUGAAGAGUCUGGACACGCUGGUCCUCAGCAGCAACAGACUCACAGACAUCCCCCCACUGAUGGAGGACAUGUCCAACCUCAGGUUUGUGAACUUCCGGGACAACCCUCUGUCUCUGGACGUGACGCUGGCCCGGAAGAAGACUAAGGAUGACGAAGACCAUGAUGAAGACGACAGAGAGAUGUUUGGACGAGAGUUCAUGCAGGUCUACAUCCAGGAGGCCAGAAAGAGAGUCCACUGAGGGCUACCCUGAGAACCCGUAGUUACACAAGUUAGAACCUUUUGUUUGAAGUCUAGCAACAUUUUGAAAGUUCAUCAUUUAAACUCAUUUCUAACUUUG